AUGAAAGCGGCACCCCCGUCAUGUAGCAGUCUCCUCUUGACCCGGCCCUCCAAGUGCGCAGACGCAUCCACGUACUACCUGGCAAACGACGCAACGGAUGCCGACGAAUCCUGCUGGGUCAAGCAGACGACAGUCCUCGUCGCCGGCGCCACCGGCUUCAUCGCGUCCCACGCGAUCCAGCAGCUGCUAGAAAAGACUCCGUAUCACGUGCACGGCACCGUCCGCAGCCUCCAAAAGCCCGACACGUUUGCGCACUUGACCGCCCUUUCUGACACCUCGUCGAAGCCUACUUGUUGGACGCUGACGUGUGGGCAAGAUUUGGUUGAACCUGCCGAGCGCGGCACCGAGAACGUCAUUCGAGGUGCGAUCCGCGAAGCCUCUGUUGCAGGCAAUGUGUAUUUCACCGAAGAAGACAGGAACACUCGCUCCAACUUGCACCGAAACCCGUACUACUACUACUCGAAAGUUUGCGGCGAGAAGAAGGCGUGGAAACUAUUGAAGGACGUGCCACACAAACGCCUCGUCGAGUUCUACUCGUUUCUCGUCGUCGGACCGUCCAUGACUUAUGCCAUCAACGAAUCCAUCGUGACGUUCAUCCACGUGCUCAACGGCGAGCUGCCGGCGAUGGCCGACUUGUGGGGCAUCGUCGACGUCCGGGAUGUCGCCAAUGCCCACAUCCUAGCACUGACGAAUCCCCGUGCCCACGGCCGACGCAUCUUGACUAGCCAAGUGCUGUCCAUGCACGAUGCUGCGAGAACAGCACCCCCCGUCGAGGCUGCCCAAGUGGACCGCGCCUAA